CAAAUGAUUUAAAGUUAAAACGAGUUGUACGAGUUACGAGUUUACGACUUACGAGAGAAAAUUCAACUUGCUAAAAGGAAUCUUCGAAAUGUUACGUGUUCCAUUUCUUUUAACGUGAAUUAGGUACAAAAAAGAACGUGUCUGUUAAAUCAUUACAAAGUAUCUUACUUCAAAAAAAAGUGUUUUCAGAUUGCAGUUGAUAUUUAUUAUAAUUGCGUUGUUGUAGUGUUGUUCUUUUGUGCAUAUUUCAAUAUUAUGGACCUUUUCAAACAAGGAAUGAAAGCACCAGUAAGGCCUGCACCGGGGCUUCCAGGAAAAACGGUGAACCGUUAUUCUCCUGUUACAAAUUGGAAUGAUGAUCCUUUCAGUGCAGAUGUAUUUGAACCAUCACCAGUCUUCGCACAGAAAAAGAAACCUCCUCCUAGGCCGCCACCACCAAAAGUAUUGAAACAACCAAAUAUUCCUUCAAAACCUAUACACUUUAUGAGGAAACCAACAGUUCUUACGUCCCUAUUAAACCGCAAAAGUAAACCAGAAGUAAAUCAAGUUAUUGUUUCCAAUUUAAAUAGUGAUGUGGAUGCUCAGAAGCUUUUUCCUAAAUGUGUAAACAGUAAUAUACAGACAGGAACUCUCAUAGAUCUCUCAUCACCACCAAGCUCUCCAACAUUCACUACUAGAUCCAGUAGUGAUGGAAUAAGUGUGGACAGUUUUGGGUCUGAUGCAACAACUUCAACAAAUCACCGAAAUGCACUAAGUGGUAGUAAUGCAUCACAAGCUGAGAGUGGCUUUGAAGAUGACUUUGAUUUUUUCUCAAGUUCAAGGAAGCAAAUGAGUAAAGAGGAUACAUUUGAUGAUUUUACUUCACUAGAUCCCUUUUCACCUGUAAAUAAACCCCUAAUUAUGAAGAAGCCAUUACUCAAAGAUCCAUUUGAAUCAUCAGCGAAUUUAACUAAUCAGUAUUCAUCUGUUCCAUCACUGAAUGGGCCCACCAUAAUAAGAGCGAAACCAGCAAGACCAAAGCCACCAGAUAAUGCGGCAUUACUAAAGAGUACCUUUAGUAAUAGUUAUCAAGUGACAAUGAGUGUAAAUACAACAACGCCAAUACAUAAAGUAAACAACUACUAUGGAGAUAUUGCUGAUUUAAAUUCAUGUAGUUGGGAGUGUGAAGAAAAUGAACCUGAUCGGGAGUCAACACCUCCAAUGCCAACAAUACCACCCCCACCUCCCCCACAGUUGGAUGAUGUAGAUUUACCAGUUGAAUGGCCUGAUGAUAUUCAAAAUUUUGUUGAGCCAGACUUUAUAAAAAAAGAAGAACCCUAUGCCAUAGCACUGUUUGAUUACUGCACAGAUCACAAUGAGGAUUUGAGAUUUUCGGCUGGUACGAAAAUCAUCCUACUGAAACGAGUGAACGAGGAAUGGCUACACGGCAAACUAAACAGCGGCUUGGAAGGAUACUUCCCGGCUAACUUUGUAGACAUCAAAGUGCCUCUACCGAACGACAGUAUCACCGUCACAGGCAAUGCCGUCGCCUUGUACGACUUCGAUCCAGUACAGGACGGUGACUUGCGGUUCAUAACCGGUGACAACAUCCGUGUCCUCUCGAAGAUCAACGACGAGUGGUAUUACGGCGAGUGCAAUGGCCUUAAAGGUCAGUUUCCACUCAAUUACGUGCAAAUUUGUUAGUGAUCCGGGUAUUAUGUCUGCAAGUCUGAUUGAGUCAGAAGCGGUACUUUAUUCAUUGUGAAGGUUUCGAUUCCUUAUGGAGUCGAGUGCUCAAAGCAUUCUAAUCCAUGUCUGAGUUUUAUAUUCGAGAAUGGUAGCGAUGGCGUCAGUCUAUCGUUGGGUCAAACCAUAGAUAUAGAGAACAAGCUGUAUAAAAAUUGAAAUUAAUGUCACUCAUAAAAGUUUGUAGUCUAUCACCCAAUCGGAAAUAAAAAUGUACUUUCGAGGUAACUGAUACAAUGACAGUGCUGCUUAGAAUUUUGUUUUGCGAGAAUUCUGAGCGGCACUGCAUUUUAUUGGGCAGGGCGCAUCAGUCACUAUUGCGUGUAGGUGUCGCUAACCUUGUCAUUUCUUGUAUAGAAUAAUAAAUUUGCAGUGUAUCUUCAAUAUAUCUUUCUUCUAUAUCUAUGAAUACUUUAAAUCUACUGAAAAGAGGCAUUAUUUCGAUUUGUAUCUUUCUAGAGAGCUCAGUCUAUUAUUAUAUCUAUGGUUCAAUGCUGUGCAGCUAUCUCAAAAUAAAAGAAUUCAAUUAAAAUUAAAAGUUGAUAGAUAAUAUUACCUAUACGGCCAAUUGUAAAGUUCUAGCAAAACUGUAGAUUAAAUAAUUAAUAUGUGUGAUUAUGAAAUGAACCGAGCAAUUGUCCUCAAUAGCUUAUCGCCUAUGUCGUAACGCGACACUAGUAAAUGUACACACUUAGUCGCUGUUUUAAAUUCUGUAUAAGGAACUUUUUUUCUAAUGGUAGCACUUCACAUAGCUAUUUGUGUUCGCUAUUGGGUGUUUGUUGUAUUUGGCAAAAUAUAUGACAUUCAGGCAAACAUGCAAAUAAAGGCAAGUACAACCAUCCACACACGGCAGUCAAAUAACAAACACGCAAACAUUUGGAAGCAGAACGCAAGGUUCACGGCGCGUGCGCUUCUAAAUAUGGCCAUUGUGUGGACGGUUUAUUUGCCUAUUUGACCCCAUGUGCCUCGAAAAACCGACAAGCGCACGGUAACGCGUAUUUGGUAUUGGCCUUAUUUGUCAAAUAGGCAAAUAAGGCCAACACUUUGUCAAAUAAACUGUCAAUUAUGGCAAUUAUUUGCCAAAUAUAAAAAAUACACAAAUACAAAUAGCCAUGUGAAGUGCCACCUUUAUAUUCACAUCUGCCAUAAUAACAUAGGUAUUUCAUUUUAUACAAUCGUUGGAAGCACAAGAGCUUACUAAUUAUUAAAUACGACGGAAUGUUUAGGUAUAUUUUUAUAUUGUAGUGUAUAUUUCCAACAAAUACGCAUAUCACUUGAAACAGCUAUUAUUUCAAAUGGAUUUUCUUCACACCUAUUUCUUCAGCAAAAAAGAGAUUUAAUUGUGAUUGUUGUAUUUUUAUUUGGAAGGCGAGGACGCUGGAAUAAUUAAAGGCACGCGAGACAUUCCAUCCUUAGGGUUGCGACUUUCUAGAGGUGGCGCUAACUCUCAAGUAGUUUUGUAAUGUGUUGCAGACUCAGUAAAUAUUGUUAUUCGGUCAUGUUAAAUCUCAUUUGCCUAAUAAUUUCACUAGCCUUCAGACGGCGCCCUUCAGACCGAAUCACAAUAAUCCACACACAUUAUUGCUUAUUUGCUGUUUUGGUACCCAUAACCUAGCCGGCAUCCUGUGCAAAGGAGCCUCCCACUAGUUUAGUCUUCAAUAAGUACAGCAGAACACGUCUACAUAGUUAACCUAUUUUUCGCGUUUCUUUUCUGAUUAUUUAUGUAACAUAAAGUAAAGUAGAUUGCAUCCUUUAUUUUUUCCGCUAUUUUAAUAGCUGUCUCAGUGUGGUAUACAUGCCGUUUGAAAUCAACAAUGCAUAUUGUAUUAUAUUAGUAUAGGAACGGUUGUAUAAAAUAUAUUUUUACUUAAUGAUCUGAUUAUUGUAGAUUAAGUAUUUUAAUAAUAUUGACCAUCACAGCAUGGGUAUAUAUAGUUAUUUAAUUGUAUAAAGUGUAACAUAUUUUUGUAUCAAUUUUAUAAUAAGUACAGUUAUUUGGGGCUUACAACAGUGUUAACCUGGUAAGUUUCCCGGCGUUACGAGGCCGACUAUGUCUCCGCCAUAUUAAAAAAGUUUUUAAUAUAUGUCUGUUACUAUAAAAAAAAGAUGUAUUAAACGAAAACGAUGUAACUAUUUAUAUUAAUUGUAUUCAAUUCCAAGUAGUAUCAAACACGCGUUUUGGCCAAAGGGCAAAACUUCAGUGAUUCAAAAUCUAAAAAUUUUCUUUCUCAAAAUAAACACUUUUCACAACUCACAGAAAUCUACAAAUGUAGGUAACAAAAUGACUGUAUUAAAUAAUAUAAAUAAUCUGACAUAUUAUCAUUCUAAAUAAAAUCCACUGUGUAUCCUUCAUUUAUAUUUUGUUAGCUAAUUUUUUAUAUACAAUUUUUAUAUAAAUAACUAAAAGAAAAGAGUAAUUUUAUUUUCAUUAUAAUUGUGGCUUUGCAAUAUUUUGAUAUUAAGUUGUGUAUAAUUAUAAUUUUGAUCAUUCUUAAUGUGUCAUGUGGAUGUUUCGGGACCAUAUUGAUAAGUGCCUUUAACAUGGUGUAUUAUAAUAAAUUAAUUUAUAUAA